GGCCGAGGAUGUGGCUGUUCGUGGCGGCGGUGCUGGCGGGGCUGCUCCUGCUGCGGCGCUGGCACCGGGAGCGUCAGACGGUGCCGGGGCUCUGGGAGAAGCACGUGCUGAUCACGGGCUGCGACAGCGGCUUCGGGAACCUGCUGGCGCGGCAGCUGGACGGGCGCGGGCUGCGGGUCCUGGCCGCCUGCCUGACCGAGGCCGGGGCGGCGCGGCUGCGGGCGGCCACCUCGCCGCGGCUCCAGACCGUCCUGCUGGACGUCACCUCCAGCCAGAGCGUCGCCGCCGCCAGCGCCUGGGUGCGGGAGCGCGUGGGUGACCGAGGGCUCUGGGGGCUGGUGAACAACGCAGGGAUCGGGACCCCCGUUGGCCCGAACGAGUGGCUGACCAAGGACGACUUCGUGAAGGUGCUGGAUGUGAACCUGCUGGGGCUGGUGGAGGUGACCCUGAGCCUCCUGCCGCUGGUGCGGCGGGCGCGGGGCCGCGUGGUCAACGUGGCCAGUGUGAUGGGCCGCGUCUCCUGUUUUGGUGGCGGGUACUGCAUCUCCAAGUUCGGCGUGGAGGCCUUCUCCGACAGCCUCAGGCGGGAGAUGCGUCCUUUCGGGGUGCAGGUCUCCAUCAUCGAGCCCGGCGGCUUCCAGACGGCGAUGAUCGACCCCGCGCCGCUGGCCAAGGACUUCACGCGCCUCUGGGAGCGGCUCCCGGCAGAGGCCCGGGCAGCCUACGGCCACCGGUACCCAGACAGACUGUCCAAGAGCACCGUCCUCGUGCACCGCCUGAGCAGCUCCCGCCUGUCCCCCGUCACCGGCGCCAUGACCCACGCGCUGCUGUCCCGCUGCCCCCGCAGCCGCUACGCCGCCGGCUGGGACGCCCGGCUCCUCUUCCUGCCGCUCAGCUACUGCCCGGCCUGGCUGGCCGACCCCCUCCUGGGCCUCCUCCUGCCCACCCCGGCCCGCGGGAGCCCCUGAGGACGGCCAGCGGGGCGGGACACGGGCACGGUGCCCGCUCUCCCCGUGCCCCUGGCGUC